UCCAUCACUCAUGCUAUGCAGUGCUGCAGUGAAUCUUCGGUGGCUGCCGAUUAUCCAGCGAGUCCAUCACGUGCAGAUAAGACUAGUGCGGACAGGCUUUUUCAGAAGUGAUGAGAAAUACAAUGACGACAAGCGGAAUCCAUACCACUUCAUUGAUCCACAGAGCGUCCUCUUCGCUGAUCAUGUCGACUCAGAGUGGAGAUAUGCGGACGACCCAACCUUGAGAGCUCCAGUGUUAGAGCGCAACAACGUCGGUAUGGGUAUGAUCGUGUUGAACUCUGAUAGCAUCGCGUUUCCCAUGGUGAACUCUCUCUAUCGCCGGCUGCGAAACUUAGAGGUUAACACGACAAAAAGGCUGGUGUGCUUGACGAGCUCUCAUCGAGAUAAAUUCGCGGGAGAUCUCCAUUUACAAGACCUGCUCCUAAUUGCUCAGGCAUCGCAGUUGAGAAAUGAAAUACCACGAUAUGCUUUGGAGUUCUUCAAAAAUUUGUUCGAUCUGAAUUUGAUGCUCUCUGAAUAUCACAAGCCGUUAGUGACACUCUAUAAUGGUGAAGUUCCAAAUGCGGCUGCAUCGUGGUGCGGUCUGUCCGUCGAGUACAGCGGUGCAUAUCAUCACAGUGUGGUGCGAUUCGACCAAACUCGCUAUGGAUUCUUCCCGGUGGCGGGUCAGUCAUUCUUGCUCGCACGUUUGCCCUUUUGUAUCGGCAAUUACUUGGCGCUCACUGGAGAGGCAGUCCGAGGAAAAGAUAUCGUCUAUUCUGGCCUUGCGAAGAACUGGUUGUCGCCGGAUGCAUUUCGACUCUUGGAACUUACAAGUGAGAAACAACUAGAGGUUAGCGAGAGUGACGGUAGAGCGUUGAUAUCUGAGCACUUUCUGCAUCUACCUGAAGGAUGGUCACUGGCGCCCUAUGUUGGUCUUAUUCAGAAGUGCUUCUCGCAGCCUCAUCUGUUUGACGUGGUCGAGAGCCUGGUCACACAUCGUGAUGAUCCAUCUGUACCGGAUGAUGUUCGUGACUUCGCUGCGACGGCGAUCGACAACAUCGGGCGAGGGUCACCGUUGGCGUCUCAUGUUACUCAUCAGCUCAUAAAUCGUGCGCGGAAACACAUCGCGAGAGCAACCGAUACAGUGAAUUAUCAAUUUGGAGCGACGGGCAUCUACGGCAACGCUGAGAAGAUUGCACAAGUCGAGAAAGCUCUCGAGGACCCAGACCUGUACCAACGAUACGUCAUUCGGCCGGCUAUGAUCGAAAUCAUGCAAGAGGAGUGGAGAGUGCUCCUGCGAUUUUUAAUGAGGCCUGAAUUGGUUCGUGGACUGUAUUUUAGACAAAUGUUGAAUCAGCAUAUGGCGGCUAAGCAAAUCGUAGAUGAAGGAUCGAAUUUCGCAGGGCUCCCAGAAGAACCAGAGCUGCCGGAUUGGUUUGAGCACGAAGACGUGCUCGCUGUGAGAGACUCAGCCUGGACCGCGAUGUUCUUUAAGUUGCAUGACACCAAAAGCGAGUUAAUCCCGUCGUUCUGGCCUCAUUGUUCCGCCCUGGGUAGCAGGUAUUUCGCGCCAGCCGAGCGGUCUGACCUACCGCUAUCUGCGCAUCCUCUCUUGCGGGUUUACCAUCCCGAUUACGAUCCGAAGACUGGACUUGAUCACGAUCCCCGGAUGAUGGCGCGCGAAGUGGAGCGAUGGUCUGAUAAUUACUUAGAGGACGAGCGUUACGAGUUGAUGUCGGAGGUUACCGGUGUUCCGGUGGCGCAGUUGAAGACACGAUGGACCGCCUUGUCUGGCGGAUGGGGUGGUGUCAUGUGA